AUGCUGUCAACUGCAACAAACUUACAACUGCUAAAGCAAUGCCUCCCUUUAACCCCUCACAUUCGCAGCUACUCUCUCGCUGUACCACCACACUUGCUUAGGGACUCGGAUCUAUAUGCCUUUCUCCUCCAGUCAUGCACUUGGAACAAGGAUAUCAAGACUGGAGGAGCAAUUCAUGGAAGAGUUAUCAAGUCAGGCUUUGAAAACCAAGUAUUUGUAUGCAACAACCUGCUAAAUCUUUAUACCAAGUUUUGCGAUAUCUCAGAUGCCUCUCGCUUGUUUGAAAGAAUGCAGGAACGGUCAAUAGUCUCAUGGAACACUAUGAUAGGGGCUCAUUUGCAGAGAAAAGAAGAAACCAAGGCUACACACCUCCUCCGACAAAUGCUCCGAGCUGAGAACAAGCCUAAUGCCUUCACGCUUUCUUCCAUAUUCCAGGGCUUUGAGGGCUCAGCUGCCCUUGAAAAAGCAAGGCAGCUUCAAGCUCUCACCUUAAAACUUGGUCUCAUCCUUGACCUUUUUGUGGGAAGCAGCAUAAUUAAUAUGUACUCCAAAUGUGAUUGUUUAGCCGACGCAAAGGGGAUUUUUGAAGAGCUUCCUGCUCGGGAUAUAGUCACUUGGUCGACAAUUAUAGCAGCCUAUGCAGACAGCGAGCAAGUCAUGGAGGCCUUGAGGAUUUUUUGGAAAGAUGAGACAUGA